AUGGUCCAAAGGUUGUUCUCAGAAAGUGGCGGUCAAUUCACAGGCCUCCGUCCCAAAGACAUCCUCAAUACAGAGAUGAUGGAAAGUCCCGGACAAUGGAAGAGACUACUGCGAGAACUGGAAUUUAUUACCGACGAAAUCCAAGGCCAUGGAGACGAUAUCAACGAUAUGGACGAAGACAUGAUGGCGCUGCCAAACGAACCCAGUCCGGAGAUGUGGGGCUUUGCGGAAGAGGUGUUCAAAGCGAUGUCCUGCGAUUGCCAUUCUGAGUUCCUGCGAGGGAGCCGCCUCAAGAUUGGGACGUACCACGCAGUGUCGAAUCAUGUGCCAAAAUCGCUAUGUGUUUUACUUGAACAGCUCCAAGACAGUGAACAGUGGGGAAUCUGGCAUGAAUUGCUCAUUCACGACCACAUAGAAUUUAAACCUAGAGUCAAGUUCUCAAUACCGGAUCCGGUAGACCCGUACGAAGACGAUCGCGACUUUUCAGGGUCCGAGGCUAUUGCCUGCAUUUACGAUGUUCUCCAGGAACCCUCAACAGCAGAUCUAUUACGGCUCAACUUCAUCUUGAAUCAAGGCAUUCUUCAUCCAUCCAGCAACAUUGCAGACGAGCGAACCAUCAAGCAGGACAGUCUGCGGGAAGAAGUCAAUCUCAAAGCUAUCCUCGCAUCGCCCCAGAAACGAUGGCCCGAGACCGCAAAGUGGGCCCUUGCCGUCAUCCUUGCAUGGAGCCUCCAUCAUCUAUACGGUGGGCCUUGGGUACGAGGCGGAUGGAGCCGAGAGAAUAUUGUAUUCUUCAGGAGCGGCAGUCGCAUUCCUCUGCGGCCAUUCCUUGGUGUCUCAGACAUACAGAAGGACAAAGACCCCAAACCCAGCGAGGUGUUCAGUCUUCACAGAUACCCGGAGGUCCUCGAGCUUGGGGUCAUUCUUCUGGAGCUGCACCUGGGCCAGCGGCUCGAGGACUUCCUGGGACUGAAACGAGAGCUCUCUGGCGCUAGGGACUUCUUCUUGCACGCUAUGAAGGCAUUCGCGUGCCAAAAGGAGCACAUUUUCUCCUUACGUUACCGGAACGCCAUCGACACAUGUCUGCGGCCAGAUCCUAAGUUGGGACCCAACCCCACCAUGCAGGACGUUCGAACGUUACUUUUUCAGUAUGUGGUGAGGCCACUCGAAGAAGAGCUGACGUCCAAUUUUAAGGAGUGGUUUUCGCUUGGCAGGUUGGAUGAGCAGGCCGAAAAAUAUGAUCUUGCCUUGGGGUGGCAUCCCCCGAACCAAAAACCAAACAUACACACGUCCACAUCCGUUCCCGGCCCCACAGACGCGAGCGUUCACCCACUCCUUCGAGCCCGAGGUCGCCGAUGA